AGAACGGUCGCCUAGCAAACAGGAGAUAAGUGUUGACUGUGCUACUGGGAGGACACACUUUUCACGCUCUCUACUGCGGAAAAGUAAAAAAACUUAUUACAUUGAAAAAGUGCAAUUCAAAUAGUACAAUUCGCGUGAUAUGUUGUGUUUUCCGUGAAGGUGCAAGUGUUCUACGGGAGUUCGGUAGAAUCCAACCAGAAGGAUAAGCGCAGCUAGUGGAAAAAUGGUGUUGAAGAAAAAUCUUCUCUGCUUGCUGCUGCUGUCAGCCAUAUUGGUUAAAACGGCCUAUUGCAUUCCGACUUCGGCGGCAACCGAAACUGACGACGAAAAUGACUCUGAAUGGGACGAAGACGAAGAAUCGUCCGAAGCGGAUGACGACGGGCGAGUCUACAAGAAUCCGCGGAAUUCGCCCUCGACCGAGUGUCCCCGGGACGAGGAACAGGCAACGCUGUUGGGACAAAAAUGUUUACGAAAAUGCUCGUCGGAUGAAGACUGCAAGAGCAAGAAGAAAAAAUGUCUCUGCGAUGGUGCCUGUGGUAUGUCUUGCAUCAAGCCGGAUCGCGAAUGUCCCUCGCUAGAACAGCCACCGACGGGUGCCGUCACGGUGUCUGGCAAUCAUUUCGGGUCACGGGCCGUCUAUACCUGCCCGCACGGGUACCACGUGGUAGGAUUACAAAGUCGUCUAUGCCAAGCGGACGGGACUUGGGCUGGAAGUGAACCGAUCUGUAAACAGAACAUCUACUGUCUGCAGCCACCGCUUAUUGAACACGCUCGACACUCGGCACUUCCGGAACAAGCGACAUUCGACUUGGACUCAACCGUGCAGUACCAUUGCCAUAAUGGUUACGCCACUGCCGGCUUUCCGAGGGCUAAAUGCCUUGCGGUUGAUGGGCAAGCUAGCUGGUACGGGCCUGAUAUUUCUUGUGAACCUCGAUCGUGUGGUCAACCGACCGAUCCAGCGCAUGGCUGGCAUUCCGGGGAGAGUUACACGUUUGGCGGAAAAGUGACCUAUCACUGUGGCGAGGGAUAUGAACUGGUCGGUAAAACUGAACGAUACUGCCAGGCUGAUGGCUCCUGGACACCCAAGGAGCUUCCCACCUGUGUUUUGGUUACUUCGGUGCAAUGUCCUUCACCCGAGAAUCCUCGAAAUGGUAAAGCGAUUUACACGAGUACUUCGUACAAUUCGGUGGUCAGCUACGAGUGUCGCUACGGUUACACACUGGUAGGCGAGAGCUCACGACGUUGUGGUGCUGAUAAGCGAUGGACGGGAGCUUUACCCGCCUGCAAAGAAAUCAACUGCGGCCACCCUGGAACGCUGUAUAAUGGCUGGCUGGAGAACAUCGAAAGCGGAACUGGUUUGGGUGCCAGCAUCAUAUUUCGUUGUCAUCCGGAAAUGCUACUGGUUGGCAACACGUCUUCGGUUUGCCAGAUAGACGGACGGUGGCGAUAUCCGUUGCCACAGUGCCUGGCGCCUUGUGUCGUUCCUUCGAUUUCGCAGGGACAGGUAAUCCCGAUUGAGUUUGAUAUGGACGUAAACGCAACGACGAUUGUUCCCACCAGCGGCAGUAGCUCAAAGGUAAAACACGGAACAGUUCUGGAAGUUAUCUGUGAUGAACACUACGAGUUUCCAUUUUCGUCACUAUCGCCUCCAACUUGCAACAACGGAACCUGGAGCGUCAUUCCAAGGUGCGCUCCGGCGAGAUGCAAGACGAUGCCAAAGCCGCCCAAGUUUGGUAUGGUUUUAGCCCCGAAAACGGAACAUGGUAUGCGAGCAAGAUUCAAGUGUAAGGACGGGUAUAACUUGACCGCACCGGGUGGCAAAGAGUUGACAAAUCCUAAUGAUUACGUGCUUAUCUGUUCUUUCGGCAACUGGACCGGAGAAACUCCACAGUGUCAGGAAGUUUACUGCGCCUUUCCGGGUUACAUUCCCAACGGAAAAGUUCUGCUUGUUGGUAACAUGGGUCUGUACGAUUACAGACCCUACGUGCGCAAGGUGAUUAACAACAAGCAGAUAAUGUACGAGUGUGACAAAGGUUACGUGAUUGAUAUUGGUCCACCUGGUGCCACGUGUAUCGGUGGAAAAUGGAGUCCUCGCGAACUACCCACAUGUAUCCCUGGUCAGCAUCCCAGGUUGCGAUGGAAUAGACGUCGUAGAUCAAUAGAUUUGAGAUUACGCUUCAGUAGAUCUAAUCAUAUCAAACAACACUAUCGCUACUUGAAACGUAAACUGGAAGAGCAUGAAAAAUAUAACAGAAUGUACCCAGCGGAGGAGUAUAAUCAUGGUAUCGUCAAAAGAGACAUGCCAUCAUACAGAGGACAGUUACCGCACAAAAAACAUUUCAAUUUUGAUGACUUUCAAAAAUUCAGAGCGAAGCGCAGCAUCGAAGCGAAUCGCAACAGUUUUCUCCGAAACGCCUUCCAAUCGGCAAUGAUUCGCCAACGUCGUGAUUUAUCCGACGUAGAAAAGGCCUACAACAAGUACUACGAGCGGAUUAAGGCCAAGUACCGCAAGUACGUGCAGAACCUGCUGGGUUACAAUAAAAUGCGACCACUGCAGGAGAGUCACAAGAUCCACGUACAGGAUGGGAGAUGGUACACAACGGACCCAGAAUCGGUCUCGCGCAACCGAGUGGUUCACAAGGCACGAAUCGGAACUAACGACUUCGAGGAUGAAUUCACAACGAAAGAAGCGAAAUCGGCGAAGGCCAAAAUCAACAAACCCCGCCAGAAAACGAAAACACAGGCUCCGAUCGUCGUGCCGAAUAUCAACGAAAAGUCGACCUACAAGUACGAUUUCUAUGACCUUUCGGAGGGUAACACCUCUAAUCAGCUCGCGCAGAAUGACAUAUAUUCGAACUACUUUCCACCCCCAAUGACUGGUAGAUAUCAUACCAGCUGGGAGUUCGCUUCAGAGGUGGUUCCAAAAAUACAAGGACGAUCAGAGGAUAACAAUCGUCUGUACGCAACUUAUUCGUUGCACCAAAAUCGCACGGACAAGAAACCAAUAUCUACCGCAGCGUUAAUGGAACAGUUGCACUCUCAAAUAAUUCGCAAAAAACGGGACACCAAGGAAGUUUCGGUUUUAUCGACGGAAGACACUCGCCAACGGGGUCAAAAGGCCAACAGAAAGAACGCCGGUGGCGUUGUUAAUCAGACGGACGCUUCCGGGCCCGAUGGUACGGAUCCGGCCAAAAAAAUAAAGUUCAAAGGACCUUGUGAACCGCUGGCUAGUGAAAGUUACGCACAGCUGGAGAUCGUCCGGCCCGGUAAGGAUCCUAUCGAAACGUUCGGGCCAGGAACAAUCAUUCGAGUCACCUGCAGUAAGGGAUACGUAUCCAAUAUGGUCAGUCCGAACGCAACAUCCAAGUGUGUCCGGAGAAGAUGGAAACCCAUCAAACCGACCUGCAGUAUGAAAUCCGUUUCAGAGCCUUGCUUCGUGCCGUCGACUGAACACGGGAAGUACUAUUCCGCUCCAGUUGACAUGGUAACGAUGGAUGCUGUGAAACCCACAACCGCUGCUCUGACGCCUAUGGAAACGAUCGAUAAUGGGCAGAUGAUUUCUUUUCAGUGCGAUCAGGGUUACAAUACGCAGGGUCCAUCGAAUUUACGCUGCUGGAAUGGCGAAUGGGCUGCGAGUACGUUACCGGAAUGCCUACCAGCACCAUGCGUUCUACCCCAGAUCAUGCAUACAAUGUAUCAAGGAGGUUACCGUGCUGGACUUACCAUUGCACAUGGUAGUUCGGUAAUGAUACAAUGUGAAAGCGGAAUGGGAAAUAUCGCUCCAGUACAAAUGGAUUGCGCCCUCGGCUCGAUUACACCGGAAACGGUAAACUGUGGCUACGUUGCAUCUCGCAAGUCUAGGGACGACGACAGUAGUUCGGUCAUAGUGCUAGACGGCAGUAACGUAACAUCGGCAGAGGAUGAAAACGAUGGUAGAGACUGUGGACCACCGGGGAAGAUCCACGGUUCGCUGGUGUACAAAAACGGUGAACAAAUCGACGAUAGCGAGGAAGGUUUUCCAUCGGGGACGGAAAUCGCAUUCGAUUGCAUAGCGAGCAUAACUGGUGAACAGACGACUUGGAAAAUUAUCUGCGAGGAUGGGCAGUGGAUUGGACGUUCAAUGAAUUGCGAUGACGAUGAUCCACUUUAUCAUCGGAUUCCGUCGGCGAAUGGGUCUUGUGUUUUCCGCAAUAAUGAACCGCAUGUUGUGAGCUUCUACAACGAUCUCGAGAUAAGAGAAGAUAUUGUUGAAUUUCCACCGGCAACAACCAUUAUUUCCAGAUGCGUAGACAUUGGCAAAUACGCCAUGAUUGGAACGAGCGUACGGACUUGCGUCCAUUCGGAGUGGACUGGCCAGAAACCGUCUUGUUUUGGUUUGAACCAGGAGAAUGAUUAUGCAAUGGAGAAGCCACCUACCAUUUUAAUUCGUCACCAGAACGGCCCGAUUGCCCAGAGUAAUGAUGGAAAAUUGAUCGUUUACCCGGGAACAACGGUACAUUUGGAGUGCCUGUGGAUGAGACGUUUCGGAAAUCCCAAAUGGAACGUAAGUCACGACUACAGAAAAUAUCCGGAAGGGUGGAGCUCGGACGAAGGUCGAGAUCCACAGCUAGAGUAUCGGAUUAGCAUUAUGCACGCCGUGAAGGAUGAUUCCGGUAUUUUCACAUGUGUUACCCCGGCAAGACAUACGCAUUCUGUGGAAGUUAUAGUGAAGCCCGUUCACUGUAACGAAAUUCAAGUUCGGCGAGGAUUGUCGGCAAGUACCACAGAAACCAUGAUGGGAACGCGGGUAUUAUUCUCGUGCACGAACGGAAACGCAUUGAUCGGAACACCAGAAAGCACUUGUUUGCCGAGCGGAAAUUGGAGUGCACCGUUGCCAGUCUGCGAAAGCGUCGAGUGUGGAGAGGUUCCAAUUCAAGCGAGCAGUAACGGUUCCGCCCCUCGAGUAGCCAUUCUUUCUCGUGAAGUCGGUGGGCGAGCGGCCUUUUCUUGUCCUCCCGGAUACGGGCUGAGAGGACCUAGCGAAGCCAUCUGUCUACCUUCCGGGGAAUGGGGAGGUCCGUUUCCGACGUGUGUUGAGGUUCAAUGUUUUCAUCCGGGGGCGCCGCAGAAUGGCUAUGCUCAGGGGACGCCACCUUACAGGGCUGGAGAUGUAGUACAAUUCAACUGUAAUCCCGAGUACAUGAUGCAAGGUCAGCCAAUUAUUGCCUGCCAGGAUAACGGGCGAUGGUCGGGAGGCUUACCGAAAUGUGUGCAAGCCUGCUCGUACCCGGGUACAGCCAUCAGUGGCCGGAUGUCAUCGGUCAAGUUUUACUACUCGAUCGGCGAGAGUAUCACAUUCACCUGCGACGCCGGACUGGAGCUGCGGGGAGCCAAAAUGCUGAAAUGUCUCAAGAAUGGCAAAUGGUCCAACGCUAUCCCCACCUGCGUAAACCCGGAUGCCGUGAACGUGCGGAGUGACGCUAAGGGAAUCUUCAAGCGGGACAACUGAAUUUCACCGGCAUGCUGCAACUGUAACUGUGAAUAACUAUUUCUAGCGAAGUGGUUUCUGGUCCUGAUAUGCUUCCCCCGGGAGAGGCAUACAUAUAUCAAUUAAAAAGACACUGUAGGUGAUAGAGAGUUUUAGGCGUUUUACAUAGCCAGGAUCUAGUCUAGUGACAUGAUCUAAACAUAUUGACUGUUUAAAGUUAACUGCAGAAAUGGCACAUCAGAAAUAUCGCAACAUUAAUUUGUGAUGUAAUAAAAACAGUAGAGAUACGAGUAUGUAUUCAACCUUCCCGAGGCACAAACUCCCACUAGGCAAAGUGGUGUGAAGUUUAAUUUGCCCUCCGGCACGUUAGGUUUUAUUUGCUUGUUGGCUUUACGUGGAAAAUUGGUAUGAAUGGGCGGAACAAUCAAUUACUGCGAUGUUGAGUCUACGAUAAUGGCAAUCAUAUUGAUGUUGGCAAAUGAGAACGGCACAGACAAUGGUAGUCAAUGUUGUAUAUGUAAAUUGCUUCUGUUCGAACGUACUGAAUAAUAGGAUGCUUUAAUGUUCGGCGCUUGCUCGUAACUGCUGAUCCCAGAGUAUCUCUUAUCAUUGAAUUAUGGCUCUGUUUGUCAAAUGCUGGGGCAAAAAUGUGAAUUAUUUGAACUAAUUUUUGUCGCUAUUGCGUAGUAACUUAGCAAUCGUUUUCAAUUAUGUGGAAAAUUUUAAUUAGGUUUGCCAAAAUUGGAAAGAAAAAUACUGAACCGCAAGCAACCAUAUUCGUACAGCUCUACCCCUUUUUGUGACGUUGAUAUGUGGGUUACCACCUCAAUUAAUUUAUGGAGAAUUUGACAUAUACAAUAAUUGUAGUCGGAAACAAAAAUCAAAAUGGUUAAUAUAGCUGUGUACUGCGCGAUUGUGUUUAUUUUUGUGCAACUUUUUCCGUGUAAUGUCGUUAUGAGUCCACCAUCUGGUAAUGUAAAUAUAGAGAAUCGAGUGUAAUUAAUUUAUUUAUCUUCCAAUCUAAUACUCUCGCUGUCAGAACUGAAAUGCAUUAAAAUAAUAAAUCUCUGAUAAUGUUGCUUAUAUGCAAACAGAACGGCUCUUGUAGUCGGCAUCAAUUGUAACUGUUGAAUAAUAAAAAAAAGCCGCACGCUCACACAUAAUCAUAGCGAAUGCUCAAAUAAAUAUGAAUUGACUAGAA